AUGGCUCAAGCAGCGCCUUCCAAAUACCUCACCGGGGACAUACCCGCCACCAAGGAGUUUCUCAACAAGUUUGAUACCUUUCUUAUCGACUGUGACGGAGUUCUAUGGUCUGGAGAGCACGUCUUUGAUGGUAUACCGCAGACAAUUGAGUUUCUACGAUCUCAGGGCAAGAGGACCGUCUUUGUGACCAACAACUCUACCAAGUCACGGGAGGAGUACCUGAAGAAGCUCGAGUCAAAAGACAUUCCCAGUGGCGUGGAAGACAUUUUCGGCUCCGCUUACUCUGCAGCCAUCUACAUCUCGCGGAUUCUCAAGCUACCAGCCCCCAAAAACAAGGUCUACGUGAUUGGCGAGGCCGGCAUCGAGCAUGAGCUGAGCAGCGAGAACAUCCCCUUCAUCGGCGGUACGGACCCUGCUUAUAGGAAGGACAUGGACCCGGAGGCCUGGCAGGGCAUCGCGGAUGGUUCCCUGCUGGAUCCUGACGUGGGUGUCGUGCUGGCCGGCCUCGACUUUCACAUCAACUACUACAAGAUCGCGAUGGGAUAUCAAUACCUCAAACGGGGUGCUGUGUUCCUCGCUACCAACCUUGACAGCACAUUGCCGCUGAACAAGAACUUCUUCCCCGGCGCGGGUUCCAUCCUGAUUCCCCUGAUCAACAUGACUGGUCAACAGCCACUUGCCUUGGGGAAGCCAAGCCAGGCCAUGAUGGACGCGGUGGAAGGCAAGUUCCAGCUGGAUCGUUCACGGACGUGUAUGAUCGGCGACAGACUCGACACAGACAUCAAGUUCGGCAUCCAAGGGAAGCUCGGCGGCACACUAGCCGUUCUCACCGGGGUCAACAAGAAGGAGGACUGGGAGAAGGAGGGCGCGGUCGCCGCUCCGGCGUUUUAUGUCGACGCACUGAGCGACCUUCGAGCUGCUGCACAAUGA